AUCACUAAGUAACAAGGGAAAACAAAACAAAAGCAUAUUUUGGCGCUAAUUUGUUUAUAACAAAUGAACGGAGCACGAAAACUAAAGUGCCUGAAAACUGUACGCCUGGGCGAAGUGCUCUACGAUGAACAGAAGCGGCUGCUGAUGCUGUGCCGCAGCUGCGAGCAUUUUUUUCUCACAUUUCAAAUUUUCCAAAAACAUUUGGUCGACUGCUCGGGCGUUAAACAUGUUGUGAAUGCCACCGAUCCACUCAACUACGCGGAGGACAAACGUGAGACGAAAUUAGCAAACGAUAGACAGGAGCUGCACAUUUACAACAUUGAAGAUGUGAGCAGCAGUGCCAUUGACUGGGAAACGGAAUUGGAGGAUCCACGCUGGUACGAUGACGGCGAAACGUGUUUAUCCGCCCACUCCAAACCAAAGUCAUCGCAUUCCAAAGAAAAUGUGGUGGGGAAGAAGCUAUUGGCCACUGAGAAGCGCAAGAACCCCCCUCAGCCCCAGCAGAUGGCCGCAACAAAGACUGCAAGGCGUCGGCCGAGCCCGAUUCAUACUUAUCUAGCUAAAAAGAUGAAGACAGAACCUCUCCGUGUGCCCCAUGUGACGGAGGACCUGCAGCGUUUGGUCCAGCCAUCGCCAGCAGCUGCCAACGGUGAUGGAGCAACCACCAAAGCAGCAUCAGCAAACGGUGGUGGAGGGACCACGAAAGCAGCAGCAACCACCGACACCACCCAGCAGAUACUCAGUAAACUGAGAGCUUGUGGCGUGGAUGUGAAGCGUUCCAAAGCUCAAGCAACGCCCACACCGACAGUCGACCCCGAUCUGGCGAAAAAGCAAAAAACCCUCGAAAUUAUGCGUAAAUUGCAAUCAAAAGGUAUUCAGUGCACCAAAAUCAAAGGUGAAAAUAAAACGAAUCAGAUCUCUACACAAAGGCUGAUGGGUGAACAACCUGAGCCAAUAGUAAAAUCCAGUCCAAAGCUAAUUACUAAGCAAUACAACUCAAAAGCCAUAAUAGAUACCCAGCUUUCGAUGAGAGCCGAAUCCAGUAAACCAAAAAUUAAUACAAAGGAUUACAAUGCACCCAAAAUCAAAAAGGUAUCGUAUGCGCCAUAGCAUAGAGGAACAAUAUAGAGCUCUUGGGUGCAAUGGAUUGCUUCUGGUUAAGGUAUUAUUUUAUAAGAAAAUGUUGCCUUUGUAGGCUAAACUGAGGAGUAUUAAUUAACAAACGAUAUUUUAAAUAUAAAUGCAUCCUGUGGAGCG